UUCAGCAUACAUAUUCACGAAAGCGCGUAAACCACGGGAAACUUCGAUUGCGCCUAUUGUAAAGCACAGCCGACAAGUGGCCUAGCAAAUAAGAAUCGUAAAAAUCUCAGGGCGACAAUAAAUGUGCCACCGUUUGCAUCCGUGUGGAUAUUUCUCAUGCAUUUAGAGAGAUGCCGAAUGCUCGAAACGCCUGGCAGGUGCGCAGCUGAACACUUUGACAGUGAUGCCCGGACAAUGUUGGCUCCUCACAACGGCCGGAUAUCACUCCGCAUCACUGCCGGAGGUGCGGCAGUUCGCGGUUGAGGUUGCGUUAGGUGACUGCGCCCCGACCGAUAGAAGCCGAUCGGCUCUGUGCGAAUCAGCCGUUGCCUAUAAAGCACGCCACUUCAGUCAGGAGAUGGGAGGCACCGACGAAGCCUUCUGCUCUCUGGCAUGGACCCCUCACGCCCUUUUAUGUCGCCCUGCGCAGAACGUAAAGAACAGAGGUGGACGUCUCCAACUGAUCCUGGCCACCGAACCAUCGCCCUCGGAAACGGAACUUGGCUGCUAUAAGUCCUGAGGAGAGCGCGUGAUGCGUCGGGCCUUCGCGUUGACCACUGCUCUCGGGGCCCUGUGUUUCCUGUUCCUGUCGCGCUACACGACCGUGCUGCCCUGGCUCAGCUGGUGGAAGUCGGUGCGCUCGGAAGAAGACGAGGAUCUGGAGGCCAGCGGAUACCUGAUCCGCACACCGGAGUGCCACAUCCCCGCUUGGGAUCCGUUCGACCCCAGCGUGGCCCACCUUUACCGCAAGGUGGCCGACUUCGUGUGCCCCGGUAGACCCACCUUCCUCCGGGUCCGUCCCAACGCUGUGCUGGUCGCGGACGACGCUCUCCUCUGGCGUCACUACAAGCUCAAGCGUUCGCAGGUCAAGUGCACCUACAGGGAGGUCUUCAGGAACCCCAACGCCCCGGCGCACGUGGCCGAUGAUCGCUACAACCUGAGCGCUCCGAGACAGCUGACCUUCGGCCAGCCUCUGAAAGUGCACCACGCCAUCGUCAACUGCUUCCACAACCACCAGGAAGUGCUCGUGCAACACGUGCCCCUCGUGCCGGUGUCGCCGGAGCUCGAGCGCAAGCUCGAGCGACUCCAAGAGACUUCCGAGAAUUCGGAGGCGGUGAAGUUGAACGUGCUCAUGGUGGGAGUGGACUCGAUCUCGAACCUCAACUUCGAAAGGCACAUGCCGAGGACCAAGACGUUCCUGAAGGACGUUCUUGGUGCCGUGCAGCUUCACGGUUACACCAAGAUCGGCGACAAUACGUUCCCGAACAUAGUGGCGCUGCUGACCGGACAUUUCCUGGAGUACUACUGGAACGAAAGCCUCUCCAGGUUCACGUUCGACGGGCUGGACUUCGUGUGGAAAGAUUUCGCCAAGAGAGGGUACCGCUCACUGUUCGCCGAAGACGCGCCUAGCAUAGCCACUUUCAACUACCUCAAACACGGUUUCGCGAAACCGCCUGCAGACUACUACUUGAGACCGUUGUGCCUGGCCACUGAGAACUCGGCCGUGCGCUCCAAAGCGGGCCGUCACUGCUGGGGCUCCAAGAUGGAGAUGGAAGUCGUGUUCGACUACCUCGCCGACUUCGUCGAGGCGUGCCAGUCGCGCCCCCACUUCGGCUUCGCGUUCGUGGCUCGCCUCACGCACGACAGCCUCAACAACGCCGGAUACGCCGACGCGCCGUCGGUGCGCCUCCUCGAGCGACUCUACGGCAGCGGCGCGCUCAAGAACACGCUGCUUGUGUUCUUCAGCGACCACGGCUUGCGCUUCGGGCCCAUACGCUCGACGUUCGUGGGGAAGCUCGAAGAGCGCAUGCCCAUCAUGUUCCUCGCUUUCCCAGAAGCCUUCGCGCAGCAGUACCGGCCGCGACUGUCGCGACUGCGAACGAACACUCGGCGACUCACGACGCCGUUCGACGUGCACGCUACGCUGCAGCACCUGGCUUCGUUCUCGCCAGACCGUCCCCACCGGACGAUGCAUGGCGUCAGCCUGUUCCACGAGGUCGCGUUCAAUCGAAGCUGCGAUGACGCGUACAUCUUUCCGCACUGGUGCACCUGUCAGAACAGGACGGUGGUGUCCGUCAACGACCCCGGCGUGAUCAACGCGUCGCACGCGUUGGUGAGUGCCGUCAACUCCCAGCUGGAGCAUAGGGCCGAGCUGUGUAGCCCGCUCGCGCUCGACAAGGUCAUCGACGCCACGGUGUCGCAGCCCAACGACAAAGUGCUCCGCUUCGUGCGCCACUACCACGACGUGAUCGGCCGUGGAGUGCAGCUUGGAAAGCGAGUGACCGCGCCGCUGGAUUACAUGGUGACGGUGAUGGUGAAACCCAGCAACGCCCUGCUAGAGGCCACGAUCCGCUACUACGAGCCGACGGAACAGUACGUUGUGCUCGGUGACGUGAGCAGGUUGAAUAGGUACGGAAGUCAGGGGGAGUGCAUAUCUGACGCGGUCAUGCGCAAGUUCUGCUACUGUAGGACGCACCUGAAAGCCACUAGGGGACCGGGAUGAGGAACAUUGUUGUGGAGAAACAUCGGUUCGAAGCAGUGAUAACGAGGCCUAUGGACGGGACCUCGUGUCUUGUAGCACAUACGUUGUGACAUCCUUCAGCAACACACGUACACGUUCGCUUUUUUGUCUAGCGAGUAUACGAACAAUCUCCGGGGCCAUGAAUGAGAAGGAAGCUAUUAAUCAUUGAUCAUGACGUCUGUGUGUAAAGCAUGUCAACUUAACGGCAUUUCUGAAGACACGCUAAAUAUGAACGUUUUACCUGUUCCAGACAGGAAGCGCUGUUGUAGUGUGCUUCGAAGAUGUAUUGAAAUUUAAUUUCAUUUAUUUAUUAUCAUAGCCGUCUCAGAGAGGAUAGGCUAAUGCGUAGAUAUAUCAUAUGGACAUUAUGCAAUUCGAGGAAGCUGCAGAACUGAUAACUAGAUAACCUAAAAGACGGUGCGAAGCUGGGUCAGUUCGUGUAGAUCAAUGAGAAAAUCCACCAAGAUACCACGAACAAAGUUCAGCGAUUGUUUCGUGUGGCCCGUUCCGUGUUCACAUUAAAAGAACACCGGUCAGAAACUAUAUAGUGACACUAUCAGAUCCACCGCAUUGCUACCUGCUUUAUUAGUCACAUAUGCAUCACCAUAAUAGACUGUCAUAUUAAGUGCGGGUUCCAGCACGUACAGGAUACAGAUCUGAGCAUUGUCUGUGAUACGCGUAGAAAAACGUGGGGUGAUAUGACUAACAGUAUGCUGAGCGAGUAGCUUAUAAAUAAGAUCAUUUGUUAUCUGUAUAACGAAUUGAAUAGGGAAAUGAAGGUAUUUGAGCGAAGGUCACGGCUCUGCUGUUUCUAGUCACCAAUGAACGAGCUUUUCACGCGAUGAAACUGAACUGCAGAACCUGUAGUAGUUCUGCACCAGAAAGAUAGAA